CCCCGCCCCGCCCCGGCCCGGCCGACGGCUGCGGCUGACCUGGAUCCUCGCAGCGCCCGCCGGCCGCCGGCGAUCGGCCUCCGUCUUCCGGGCUGGCUCGUGGAGCGCGGGGAGCGCCGUCCUCGCCGCCCCGCUCGCCGGACCCCCGGCCCCCGAUGGCUCGCAUGGGGCUUGCGGGCGCCGCCGGACGCUGGUGGGGACUCGCUCUCGGCCUGACCGCGUUCUUCCUCCCAGGCACCGACGCCCAGGUGGUCCAGGUGAACGACUCCAUGUACGGUUUCAUCGGCACGGAUGUGGUGCUGCACUGCAGCUUCACCAACCCGCUGCCCAGCGUGAAGAUCACCCAGGUCACCUGGCAGAAGGCCACCAAUGGCUCCAAGCAGAACGUGGCCAUCUACAACCCAGCCAUGGGCGUCUCGGUGCUGGCUCCCUACCGCGAGCGCGUGGAAUUCCUGCGGCCCUCCUUCACCGACGGCACCAUCCGCCUCUCCCGCCUGGAGCUGGACGAUGAGGGGGUCUACAUCUGCGAGUUUGCCACCUUCCCCGCCGGCAAUCGGGAGAGCCAGCUCAACCUCACCGUGAUGGCCAAACCCACCAACUGGGUGGAGGGUACCCAGGCUGUGCUUCGAGCCAAGAAGGGGCAGGACGACAAGGUCCUGGUGGCCACCUGCACCUCCGCCAAUGGGAAGCCUCCCAGCGUGGUGUCCUGGGAAACCCGCCUGAAGGGCGAAGCGGAGUACCAAGAGAUCCGGAACCCCAACGGCACAGUGACCGUCAUCAGCCGCUACCGCCUGGUGCCCAGCCGGGAGGCCCACCAGCAGUCCCUGGCCUGCAUCGUCAACUACCACAUGGAUCGCUUCCGGGAAAGCCUCACCCUCAACGUGCAGUAUGAGCCCGAAGUGACCAUCGAGGGGUUUGAUGGGAACUGGUACCUUCAGCGGAUGGAUGUGAAGCUCACAUGCAAAGCCGAUGCCAACCCCCCUGCCACCGAGUACCACUGGACCACGCUCAACGGCUCUCUCCCCAAGGGCGUGGAGGCCCAGAACAGAACCCUCUUCUUCAGGGGGCCUAUCAACUACAGCCUGGCGGGGACUUAUGUGUGUGAGGCCACCAACCCCAUCGGCACGCGCUCGGGCCAGGUGGAGGUCAAUAUCACAGAGUUCCCCUACACCCCGUCUCCCCCCGAGCACGGGCGGCGCGCCGGGCCGGUGCCCACGGCCAUCAUCGGGGGCGUGGCGGGGAGCAUCCUGCUGGUGGCGAUCGUGGUGGGCGGCAUCGUGGUGGCCCUGCGCCGGCGCCGGCACACCUUCAAGGGCGACUACAGCACCAAGAAGCACGUGUACGGCAACGGCUACAGCAAGGCGGGCAUCCCCCAGCACCACCCGCCCAUGGCCCAGAACCUGCAGUACCCCGACGACUCGGACGAUGAGAAGAAGCCCGGGCCGCUGGGCGGGAGCAGCUACGAGGAGGAGGAGGAGGAGGAGGGGGGCGGCGGGGGCGAGCGCAAGGUGGGCGGCCCCCACCCCAAGUACGACGAGGACGCCAAGCGGCCCUACUUCACGGUGGACGAGGCCGAGGCCCGGCAGGACGGCUACGGGGACCGGACCCUGGGCUACCAGUACGACCCCGAGCAGCUGGACUUGGCCGAGAACAUGGUUUCUCAGAACGACGGGUCUUUCAUUUCCAAGAAGGAGUGGUACGUGUAGCGCCCCGUCUCCAGAGCCUCGUCUGCGCCCUUCUCCCCGAGCCCCCACCCGCACGCCCCCCGCCCCCCCAGCCCGCUCCCCCAGGAGCUCGACAGAGACUCACCCAGCUGCCCAAAGCCAGCCCCACACCCCUGGGGAGCGGGGAGCCCAGGGCAGGUGCGACCUGGCUUUGUUACAAUUUCCCCCCUACCCCCCACCCCUGUCCUCCCCAUGGUGUUGUGUUCACUGUGGCUUUGGUGUUGCUGUACCCUCCGCCUGCCCUCUGUGCGGGGAGCCCUGUUCUCGUCUUGUGUACCUGGGCGUCCCAGCAGGGUUUGGGGAGCCCGCCCUCCCUCGCCCCCAACACUGGAAUUUGUUUGUGUCUUUUCCACUGGGGGUGGAGGGCCCGGGGGCUCCAAGGGGAAAGCCCCACCCCACCCCCAGAUGCUGCUCCUCUUUUCCCAGGGAGAGGGACCCCAGCACCCCCUGCCAUGAGCAGCCGGGGCCUUGGACCCCCAGUCUAGACAGCCAUUGCACCCGAGAGGCAGGGAGAGGCUUCUCCAAAGCACCCAGGGUUGUCUCCUUUCUAAAGUGAAUCGAGUGGAGGUCCCCACCCAGGGCCUUGAGCAGUGUAUUUUCCUGGUGAGGUUGGUUUUACAUUUUUUUUCCUCAUUGGCCAACAGAGAGUGAAGUUGGCCCAGCUCUGGUGUGUCUCUCCUCUUGACCCCUGUCUGCUCCCCACGUAGUGGGAUUCCGGGUGGACUCUGGCCCACACUUCCCAUACACCUCUACCAACACAGACACCUACAUGCACACUCCCCACUCAUGUCCACCCCUCGUUCCCCUGGGGUCACACGCCCUCCCAGGCUGCACACCGCCGGGGCCCACCCCUCUCUGCUCCACCUCUUCCCCUCCCAGCUGAGGGUGAGGCCAGCCUUCAGAAGUUUCCAGCGACUGCUGAGACCAGGGCCCCCUGGUGCCCCUAUCCUAGGAGUUCGGGCUGGCCCUAAAUUGCUUCUUUCAGCAUGGGAGUUUCUCAAGAUUUCUCCCUUAUCUGUCAAGUGCUAGCAGCUCUUGAUUCUCCUGGGGAGUCAGGGCUGGGCUCCCUAGAUGUCCAGGUGUCCGAGGUGACCGAGUACCACCACGGAGGGCAAUGGGGAAGGGAGUCCUCCCCACAGAAGCUUGGCAAAUACAGAUGCUGAAGAGCGCGGACGGGUGGCACCUCACCUGCCAAGGCCAAUGUAGAUGUUCUGGGCUUGCCAGAAAGUGCAAGGGGAGUGGGGGGGCCAGGGAUCCUGACUCAGAAGCUCCUGCUCGCCACUUUCCACCCCUUGCUCAGCUAUAUCUGGUUUCCAUUCUGGGAUGGGGGGGCAGCAGGAGGGGACCCUUGGGGAAGCAUUCCCUUUGAGUUAUAAUAGAUUCCCUCCUUGAACGGGGCUCUGGGCUCCCAUCAGUCCCCCAAGACGAGGGCUUCCUGUCUGUACAAUGGGGGAAAGGCCCCUCCCAGCCCCUUCCGUUCCCCAGCUCAAAGUGCCUCAGUCUCUCCAUCUGCUCACUCUGUCCCCCCCAGCACUCUAGAUAGGAAAGACCCUGGGAUGGGAGAGGCGGGCUCAUGCCUGCCCAUUAGGGUUCUAGUUAACUCAACCUAGGCUGUCAGGGGCUCUGUGGGAUGGCAAGUGUUGGGGGGAGGGGGGAAGCAGACCACUCUGUGCCCCACGGGCACUGACCUACCCUGCCAUAGGCUUCCCAAGGGAGCCCCAGCCCCCAGCCCCACUCUUCCCCGCCCUGGUGCUGCUCUUGAAUCCCCAGCCAGCCCUGUCUCUGCCCUGGCAACCCCGGGGCCCAGCAGCUGGGCCACCCUCCCCUGGCCCCCACUGCCCUAGCCCCAGCCCUGGCUGCCCAGUAGCCACGUAGCAGAAGUCUGAAGCCAUGCCAGCCCUGGGGCAGCUCUCCCCUCUUGGCAUUGGGGGUACCAGAUGGGGUGGAGUUGGGGGAGAAAAUUCUGGGGUCUUUCUAGCCAACAGGGCAGAGGGGGGGAGCAGAGGAUCUGGGCUGCUUCUCUUAGCAGUAUUAGUGUCUCCCCUCCCAGGGCAGAGGACCUUUCCCAUGUUACAUCACUGCCCCAUCCAGUCCCACUUCACAGCGCUCUGGGCCCUCUGUUUGGUCUCCUUGCCCCCAGGCAGGAGGAAAUCCCAGGGGCCUGCCUGAUAAAGGCAUUUUGUCUCCUUGAAACCAUGAAACUGAAAGAACUCUCCCCUCCUGUGUCUCCCUCAUCCCCCACUGCCACCCGCUAUUCCUCAUUCUAUGAUGUACUUAGGAGGGCCCCUGGGCCCAGCCAAAGCACUGAGUCCCCCUUCAGACACCUCCAGACCCUCCCCCCAAGCAAAGCACAAACUGUGGAGUCCAUGCCACGAGCGUGGGCCAUGUGGAGGCUCCUGCCUAGCCUGGAGCCCAACAGCACACCCAGCAGAGCAGUGAGGCAGGCAGGGGGUGGCACUCCGGCCCGGGGCAGGUGGGGUUCUCGGCACCCCAGUCUGCGGGAAGCUGGGCACUGUGCUCUCGGGCCCUCCGACACAGCCCAGCUGGCCGAGGGGAGGCCUGGCCCCGAAGAGAGAUAAGGACGUCUCGCUUCUUCACGCCCCCAGCAUGAGCUGAGCUUCUGCCUUUGCUGGAAAUGAAAUAAACUUGGUAUUCCUCGUGCCAAGGCGUCCCCCAGUUGUCCCCCUGCCUCUUGCUACCCUCCCUGUUCUGGCCCCCCCACUCCCUUGACCCCCCACCCCCAUUUCUUUAAGAUUUUGAUAUUGUUCUAAUGUGUACACAAACCACCCGAGUCCCCUUUCAUCAGAAGGAGCUGAAAAGCAGCAGAAUGGAAUCGGUGAUCACGAGCAGGCAAGCGCGGCCAGCUCAGGCCCAGUCCACACACCCACGGGGCACACCCCCACACACGCAGACCCAAGCCCAGGUGCACACCCGCAGACGCACAGCCAGCAGAGGACCGGGGGUCCUGCUGGAAGAACACAGGAGAGAGGUGAUUUCCCCAUGCCCAGGCCACCACAGAGACUCACAGGGGCCUUGUUUCCUGGGUGUGAGCCCCCUCUGCCAACCCCCUCCCACGUGCCCAAGCCACUGGUGCAAUAAUUUUUCUGCCAUCCUCCAAGCAGAGGAAUCGGGGAAUUGUGUUGGGGGAUAUGGGCAGCUCGCUGGGGGGAGGGAGAGCUCGCAGGCCUCUGGGGGCCCAGAGAGAGUUCUGGAGGCCGACUGCCACCAGGAGCCCUCUCCUACUGCGGAGCAGGUGGGUCCCUCCCAGGUCCCCGCACCCACAGGGAGCCCUGCACCGGCCCUGAGCACCUGGGGGACAGGCCUGUGCCUCUGCCCGGCCCGGGGCUCCUGGGCCCUCAUGGCCCCGACUGGAAGACCAGAGGGGCUCCUGCGCCACCAGCCUGCUGCUCUUCCAACUCCUGCUGUGAGGAAAUGGGAUUCUUGGCCAGAAACAAACAAAAAAAAGGUUUUCUCUUUUUGUAUAAAUGGAAACAAAAUCCAGGAGAAGCUGCCACCCCUCACCUCUGAGUGCGACGCUCUACCUUGGCUUCGGUUUCUUUGUCACCGUUUCGUCUUUGGUCCCCAGGGACAGCCCAGCGCAGGUUCUCCUGGUUCUGACCCAGGGGGUGUUUGCAUCACCCCCUUUUACUUGUAUAAAAAAAAUGAUGGGUUGAAAAAUGUACUGAGGAAAAAAAAUGUACUUUUUUAUAAAUAAAGUGUUUAAA